CUUGGCUGGCACAUAAUCUAACUUGGCCGCCACUUGAGACUCGCCUGGGACGGCAGAGACGCGACGACUCUUGAAGCAACCGCUCCUCCCUUCCCCUCCUCUACACCAACCCCCACGGCCGGCCCCAAUCCAACCAGACCCUGCCGCUGGCCUCAGUCGAGGGAGGCGGAGCGGACGCAGCCAACCACUCGGGCGGCGGAGCGAGCUGAUGGCCGGCCCGGGCGCCGACGAGCACCAGAAGCGGCGCCGGGGGCGGCCCUCGCCCGCCGAUCUGCUCCUCAACUGCGACCUGCCCCCUCCGGCCAAACUCUUCGGCCCCCUCCCGACUCUUCUUCACAGAUUGGAGAGCGCGGCGGGGGCGGAUAAGAAGGGCGACGGCGGCAACGAGGAGCUGCGGCGGGCGCUGCGGCUGUCGCAGUCGCGGGCGCGGGAGGCGGAGCGGAAGCUUGCCGCGGCCAGCGGAGGCCUGGCAGCGCUGCUCGUGCGGGACUCGGUGCUGCUCUCGGCGCACCGCCGGUGGGUCAUGAUGCUCGAGGCCGAGAACUCCGCGCUCAGAGCCGCGGGCGCCGAGCCUGAAGAUGAUGAGGAAGAUGGGGAUGCCGCCCGGCGCGGUGUCGCCGCCGCGUGGUGGGUCGCGCUGGCGGUCUGCGUCGUCGGCCUCGCCCUCGGCAACCUCCUGCUCUGAGAUUAACCAUGUAUCCUUAUUAAGUUUCAGUGAUUUCCUUCUGUGAAUCCUGCUCUGAAAUUGAAAAUUAACCAUCCCAUCCAUCCUUACAGCUUCAGUGAUCCAUAGUUGGGUCACAGUGGCUGAUUGUGUGAGAAUGUUAGCAUCUGCUUGAUGUUCUGCAUUGGAAGCUCGUGUUGUUGUAGAUCAAUAGACGAAAUCUGCUUGAUUGGUCCGGAAGCCGCCGUAACCAUCUCUGCACGCUAUCAUCUACUCUAUCAGGAGAUUCAUGACAGUGACUUGCCUCUUAUAGUACAAUUAGCCUGGUUUGGAUAACUGUGGGCUUCAAGUCGUGUUGAAUAUGGAAAGCUUCUCUAGCCAUGGCAUAGUGAUCCAUGACAGAUGACUGACUGCGACAUUUCUUCAGGUUGGAAUUGGUGGCUAAUCAAUUAUGGAGGCCUUGUUUGUUCUAUUUGGUCUU